AUGAAAGUGGUGAAAAUUGUUGUUGUUGGUGAUGGAGCAGUUGGUAAGACGUGCAUUUUAAUGAGUUAUACAUCUCAUGUAUUUCCAGAGACAUAUGUCCCAACUGUAUUUGAGAAUUACAACACAGCAAUGACGGUUGACAACACUGAUAUAAAUUUGUCUCUUUUAGACACGGCUGGUCAAGAAGAAUAUGAUAAAUUACGACCUGUGUCAUAUUCAAAUGCAAGUGUUUUUCUUUUGUGUUUUGCAGUAAAUUCGGCAAACUCUUUGGAUAACAUAGAAUGUAAAUGGAAAAAAGAAGUCGUUCAGUAUUGUCCGGACACUCCAUGUAUUUUGGUAGGCACAAAAUGUGACUUGAGAGAAAAUGCACUAUCUUUUGAAGAAUUGAAAAAUGAAGGACGAAAUUUUGUGAGUCAACAAAGUGCAGAAGAAAUGGCGAAAAAGAUAGAGGCUGUAAAAUACAUCGAGUGCUCAGCACUCACUCAGAAAAAUCUCAGUCUACUAUUUGAAGAAGCCGUGAGAAUUUUUCUGAAUAAAAAAGAAAGUCCGAGUAAGAAGAAAAGAUUUUUCAAAAAAACACACGGAAAGAAAAAGUGCACGAUUUUAUAA